AGUUGUGGGACCAAAGACACCUGAAGCUGCCCACUGCUGGCAUAAGCAAGACCCAUUUUGGCCAUCCCUGGCCAGAGAAGGGUUAACUGACUCUGGCCAUCCUUUUGGCCUCUGGGCUGGUUUCUCUCUCUCCUCACAGGCCUCCAAAGAUCAAAGAGAGGCCAAAUCCCUUCAGCUGGGGGUCUCUUCCCCCUUUUUGCCCCAUUGGCUCUUCCUCACCUUCUUGAAAGGAGACCCUUCACACUUCCUUUAAGCCCCAAAGCCUUGAGCAUCACUUGGCUUAGCUUGGGGUUGCCCAAAGCACCUCCUUCCAGAGCAUCUUUCUAAGAAGUAAAUUUACUUGAUCGGAUUUUAUAAUUUUUUGCUUUGUUUUGUGUUUUUUAACCAUGAGAUUUUUGCACUUCUGUUUGGCGGCUGGGAUGCUCUGCCUCUCUUUGGGGGGAACUCUGGAUGUGCAAAGCCAGGAGACCUUGCUUUUGAAGGCUCUGGGGCUGAAGGCCAGGCUGAGCCCCAAAACCUUGGCCCCUGUGCCCCCUUUGCUCUGGAAAAUGUUCCAAAGAAGAAGCAAGCCUGGACCAGCGCAUGCUGAUGCCAAGGAGGUCCAGCGGCCAUGUUGGGUAGAGGAGUUCCAGGUGCCUGGGAACAUCAUCCGCGUCUUCCCAGACCAAGGUCAUUUUAUUCACAGCAGGGAACCCCAGAGUUUGUUGUGUCUGCAAAAGCGGUUGUAUUUUAAUCUCUCUGCCCUGGAGGAAGAUGAGAUGCUGACAAUGGCCCAGCUGGAGAUCAGAUUCAGCCAGAAUUGGUACCAGGCGGCUAGCCCAGCUCGUCCCUUUGAGCUGAGUCUUUACAAGGCAACCCAAAUGGCUUUGUUGGGCAUGUCUGGUCACACACACAGCCGCCAAAUGUUGCUGGAGCAGUCCUUCGUCCACUUGCACAAGUCUUUCGUCUUCGAUCUGACCCAGGUGGCAAAGGAGUGGCGUAUUCCUGCCAGGAACCUGGGCCUGAUUCUCGAGAUUGGCGUGCCACCUUUGCCCGAGGGAGAGUUUUGCUCCGGCAUCGACUCUUUCCUCGAGGCCUCGCUGUUUGUGGUCUCCCUUGCCCCCAGCCAGUGCAAGACUCCCAGAAAAAGGCGCAGCACUUACUAUGUGCCGCGCAUCACCAGCAACGUCUGCAAGCCACGGCGCCUAUAUAUAAGCUUCAGCGAUGUCGGGUGGGAGAACUGGAUCAUCGCCCCACAAGGUUACCUGGCAAACUACUGCCUAGGCGAAUGCCCAUUUCCGCUGACCGAGGAGCUCAACAGCACCAACCAUGCCAUUUUGCAAACCGUCGUCCACUCCCUUGACCCCGAAGGGACACCCCAGCCCUGCUGUGUCCCUGUCCGCCUCUCGCCCAUCUCCAUUCUUUACUAUGACAAUGACGACAACGUUGUGCUUCGUCACUAUGAGGACAUGGUAGUGGAUGAGUGUGGCUGCCGCUAAAGGCCUCGUCUCCUGCCCCCACUUUUGGUCCACUUUUGGUAGAUUUGUUGUGGAUCACAUGGUGAUUUCCUACAGAUGCAAAGCAGCUCCUGGUGCUGUAAAACUGCUGCUUCCCCCUUCUAAGCUUGUCAACAAAAGUUAGUAUCUUGUGAGUGAAUUACAAUAGUAUAAACUGGGUUUGUGUUAUCACAACUAAUUUUUAGGGCCAUUGCAUAUCUUGGAAUUCUGUUCUGACCACGCAACAGCCAAAAAACAAAAACCUCCCCCACCAAUCUCACCCUUUAAGCAGUGCAAUCCCCUCAAUGUGUCUGUUUCCUAGUUGGAAAGCAGGGGUGCAUGCAGCUCUUUUCUUGUAGCUAGAUGCACUGCCACAAUGGAGAUGAUCAGACAAGGGAUGUCCCUGUCCCAUCAUGUUCCUAUCCUUCCCGCACAAACGCAGGAAGAGCUUUCAGAUGGGAUUCGUGCUUAUCCCAUCCGGGAAGCACAAAUGACAGCGAUUGCAUGACAGGUUUUCAGAUGAAGUUGCACAGAUCCCAUCAUCCCGCCAUUAACCUGUUAUAAACACUGGCCGGCAUUUUGCAUUAAGGGAAGUUAAUGUUAAUGCAAUGCCGCUUUAAUGACCAGUUAAUGGCGGGGUUGGUGCAACGAUUUGAAAGCCUUUUGCACCAUCAGAGUCAAGGAUGGAUUACAGAUGGGAUAUGGACAGGGGACCGUCCCCGUGUGAAAAUCUCCAUUAUCAUCUGCAAAGAGCUUGCAAGGCCCACCCCUAAGGUCCCUACCACCGCAUGGCCAAAUAUAGGACAAUCGUUGCUCAUCUGCAACAACUCGGAAAUUGCCAUGUUGGGGAACUGCGCUGCUUGCAACCUGAUUUUUGGGGGAUAGGUAGCAUGGGGAGAUGGAACUAUGUGAGACAUGUACUCUUAUUGCAGAAUCUCAACUACGGGUAAAUUGUAGAGGCUCGUUUUAAGGUCUGAGUUUUUCCUAAACAACAUUGGCUCCCUGAAUGUUUGUUUUUGAUUUAAAAAGGUUGGCGUUGCUGCCAGUACAACAGUGACAAACUCAUUCAUAGGGCAAAGCUCAGAGUGGUUUGGGGGGUCCUAUUUAGCUCCCCUCCAGUCUCCACUUGUCCACCUGAAGACCUGGGUCUCUCGGUUGAGAGAUAGUAGUCACUCAUAAAUUGAAGUCAUUUAGGUAAUAAAAUACAAACCUGCAUCUGCUGGAUCUUUGUGACUGUUUGAGGAUUGAAAUAUUAUUUUGCCAGGGACAGGAGUAAAUUUUAAAAUAUUGUCUGUUUACUUCAGUUGUUUGUGGCAGAGCAACACAGUUUGAAGGACCAGUCUUGUAAUGGGCCCCAAGUGAG